CAGGAUGGCCGCGGCUCUGAGGUGGACGUGUGUGCUGGCGCUACUGGCGCUACUGGCGCUACUGGCGCGCGCAGACACCACCACGCCCGCAGCGGAGAGCGACCCGCCCAGGGCCCAGGAGGAAGCGACGCCGGGCGCCACCGCGGCCCAGGCGCUCAGCAGCAUCCUGGGCGAGUGCGCGCUCAGGCGCUCCUUGUCCUGCGUCAGGCCCAGGGUGCUGUCCUUCCUGAGCGCCGCGGCCCGCCAGGACGAGGUCCUGCUCACCCAGGACCUGUCCCUGCAGAGGACCGGCGCCUCGCGGCUGCAGGGAGAGGACAAGCAGGGGCUGCUGGAGCGAGUGGACGACUACCUGGCCUCGCACCAGCUGCAGGUGCGGCUGCCCCAGGAGCUGGUGUCUGGCGAGCUGGCGCCCUACGUGCCCAAGUUCCUGCUGCGCGACCUGCCGCCGCAGCUGGCUGUUCCGCUGGCUGACCCCGCCCCCGCCUCGCAGGAGCGAGGCUUCAUGAAGCGCAUCGUGAUGCCGUUCCUGCUGGGGCUGAAGUUCAAGGCGACGGCGCUGGUGCCGCUGGCGCUGGGGCUGAUCGCCCUGAAGACGUGGAAGGCGCUCACCCUGGGCCUGCUGUCGCUGGUGCUGUCCGGCGCCAUGCUCGUGUUCAAGCUGACCAAGCCCAAGGUGGUCAACUACGAGGUGUACCACUACCCGCAGCACGCGCCCGCCGUGCUGGAGCACACGGCGCCCGCCGCCGCCUACGACGCGCACCACGGCUGGGGGCGCGCGCACGACCUGGCGUUCAGCGGCCAGGCGCCCUGACCUGGCGCGCGACUUGACCCGCUGCUACACUGCUCUCCUCUCCACGCCUGCUCCUAGCGCGCGCGACCUGACCUUGGAGUGCUCCACUGCUCCUAGCAUACACGACCUGACCUUGACGCGUUACGCUGCUCCUAGCGCGCGCGACUUGACCUUGGAGCGCUCCGCCGCUCCUAGCGUACACGACCUGACCUUGGAGCGCUCUGCCGCUCCUAGCGUACACGACCUGACCUUGCCGCGCUCCGCUGCUCCUAGCGUGCAUAUGUUCAUAGCGAAAAUACUAUAAGAUACAUUGCCGAAAUGUACAUUCAUCCACCGCAGUCACACGAUCCACACAUGAACCUACCUCGGACUUGCACCACUGCCGAUCCUACCAUUGGCUACCACUGCUGCCCUGCGCAGAACACUCUCGCUGUGGACCUUGUACUUUACUUCUCUUUCCAACGAGUUUUUUAGUUUUAGUAAACUCUUGUUUUGUUACAUGGAUUUAAAACUGCAACCUAACUCCUGGACAAAAACUGACUCAAAGAUUAUUUAACUAUUUAUUGGUUGGUUGCUGUAUGUUUUUUUCCUUUUUUAUUUAAACUUUGGAGAUUUUCUGAAAUAUUAUAUAUUUAUCAAAUGCUGAUGAUAAGUUAUUUACAUGUCUUAAAUUUAAUAAAGUUGUUAAACCUUGUUGUUAAUAAAAACAUCUAAAAAUA